AUGACAAUAGAGUUUGUGGUAAAUCUGGAAAAUCACAAGAGAAGGAUUUGGAGCAUCUGCUGGAGUCCCGAUGGAAAUUUCCUUGCAUCUGUAGGAGCAGACAAGUAUAUAACCAUAUGGAUUAAAAAAACUAAUAAUAAAAUAAAAAAUGCAAACAGUAAUAGUAAAUUUAUGAAAAAAUUAAAAAUGUUUGGUGAUAUGAAACACAAAUCAGGUAACAUAGAAUUUGAUGUGUAUGAUAUUAUAGAAUCAAAUCACGAAAAAUCCUUGAGACACAUUGAAUUCUCUAGGGAUGGAAGUUUUUUUGUUGUUGCUUCAUUUGAUUCUAAAUGUUCUAUAUAUAAGAAAAAUAAAAAUGAAAAAUGGGUUUUUUACAAAUUUUUGGAAGGUCAUGAGAAAGAAGUUAAAUGUGCUUCCAUUCAUCCAACUAACAAAUAUAUAGUAACUUGUGGAAGAGACAAAAGUAUAUGGAUACAUGCCAAAGCGGAUGAGAUGAGUUGUGGUGGAGAGGAUGGUGGUCAGUUGAAACAAAAUAUGACAAUCAAUGAUGAACAUACUGGAAACACUACAAAUGAUGAAGAGCAAGAGAAGAUCGAUACAAACAUUGACGAAGCGAAUGGAAACUCAGGGGACAAAGACUCAUCACAAAUGGAUAACAAACUUGACUUCAAUUUUGACGGAUAUUUAACGGCACAUUCUGAAGAUAUAAAAUAUGUCGCAUGGUGUCCCCUAAGCGAGAAUACGUUCAUUUCACUUUCGUAUGAUAAUUCUCUAAAAUUAUGGAAUAAACAAAUAAAUGAAUGGAAUUGCAUACAGACAUUAAAUGAACAUACUUCUGUUGUUUGGUGUGUUGCUUUUAAUUUUGAUGGCUCUGAAUUUGCAACAUGUUCAGAUGACAAGUCAAUUCGGAUAUGGAAAAGUGAGAAAAAGACCUGGUAUAAUAAACACAAGUACCCUUUUCUCUAUCAGCAAAUUGUAAAGGAUGCAAGAAAAUCAUCAAAUGAUAGUUCUCUCACGUGUCUUGUAAAUAAAUCAAAUGAUACACUAGAUGUUAAUGCAACGAAUGACAAAAAUAGAUAUGCUAAUGAUAUCCACAGAAAUAGUAACCAUAACAGUAGAUGCAACGGAAAGGAAAAAGGGAUAAACGAACUCAAUUUGAUGGAAAAAAAUAAAAAAAAUUUUGAAAAAUCAGAAGAACCGAAAGUUCAUGUAGCAGAAGAAAAAAUUUCCUGUGCAAAUUCCAGUGUUCGAAUAUUAGAUUAUUCAAAAGAAGAGAAAAAUGCACACACAGUUAUAAAAAGCGCCAUACAAAAUAAUUUUGUCCCUUUGUAUUUCGAUCAUGGUCUUUUCAAGUUUGUUUACAAGUAUGGAGAUGUUUUGGGAGAAAAUAUGGAAAAAGGUAAUGAGAACAAGAGAGAAGAACAAGAAUUAGGACACCAGGAAAAAGGGAAUCAAAACGAGGAACAUUUCGAAACACAAGAUGGAAUAAAAAACGCAUCGCACAAUACAUCUCAUAAUUCGACACAUAAUGCAUCUCUCAAUGCAUCACCAAACGAUGAAGAGAACGGAUGCAAGAUGUCCAAAAUGGAUGUCAAUGAACUGAGAGAAGGAAUCCAAAAGGGAGACGAUAAAUCAAGUAGGAAUAACGAAGACAUCACAAAGAAAAACGAGGAAAACAGGGUGUUAAUUAUGAAUGAUGGAGACAAAACUGAUAUACAAAGUACAAGUAAAAUUAUCCAUGACGAACAAGAAACAAAUACUCCAUUUGCAGAAAGCUCCAUUUCUUCCAUGAGCAUGAUUCCAUUUUUGAGUGACAAGGAAAAAGAUUUCAAAAAUAUAUCAUUUGAUGAUUGGAAAAUCAAACAUGUAAUUGAGGGGUAUCAUAAAAGAAGUAUUAGUUACCUAGACUGGAAUGCAUAUGAAGAUUUACUUGCAGUGUCUUCUUUUGAUAAUUCUUUAAAAAUAUUUCAGAAAAAUAUAAACACAUGGAAUUUAAUAGAUAACAUUGAAAAUGCUCAUUUGAGUGAUGUUAAUUGUGUUGUUUGGUGCCCACAAAAGUAUCAAGAUUAUUUCUUGCUAGCAACGGCAGGGGAUGACUGUGUCAUUAACAUAUGGAAGUACACGAAAAAUUAG